GAAUGGUUGGACAAGCACCAGCCAAUAAAAUAUGCGGCGAGUGAUGUAGAAUUGUUGAGAUGAUAAACUGCAACCAAAUCUAUUUCCGCUUCGAAGCACCACGCCGCUCGUCAACUCCAAUUAUUGGAAUCAAAAACUUCAUUCUAUAUCUUACAUCUACCCGGAGCAUCACUCUCUCAAACUGCCCGUUAUUGCGCUCAGUCUUUUAUAUUGACUCACGCCUGCAAGUAGCCAGCUUCAGCGUUUCUCAACCUUGCAUACUCAAUGCGACACUGACAAGUCAUGACAUCUCUUGAAAUUCCCAUGAACGAUGAAUCGACAUCCCAUACACAUUCCCAACAGAUUCUUUCAUCCACAGAGUCAACAACUCACAACCCGCAGUCGUCUUCUUCCUCCAGCCUCGUUGCUCCAGCGCAGCUACACGUCUCUCAAGCAACCUCGUGGACUCGCAUGGACUUGGCCAACGAGGAAACUUCAGGGGCAGAGCAGGUCGAACUGGAAAAAUUGCAUAGUUUUCAAGUGAACCAUAGGGACGACCACCUGCCACUCAGCCCACCACUCACUCGCGUACCUACCACAGACAGCACGAGCGCACGCAUCCUAACACCGCCACUGGAAAACGAGGAACAAGGCCUGGAGGAGGUAGACAUUGUUGACCAUGAAUGGCAUCCACUUGCACGCGCAGAGUCUGCAGCCAGAGUUGAUGGCUUGUCUUUACACGACCGCGAUAACCUCGGUAUCGGUUCAGAGACAGAUAAGAAACCUCGGAGGCGAACGAAUCGCAAACCAACACAUCUAAACCUUGAAUUUAGGGAGCCUUCACCUCAGCCUUGGGAUAUCAUCGAUCCGCCACUUGACAACAAUGACGGUGCAGAAAAUGAAAGUUACUCGCCUCUAAUGUACCCGGCUCAGCAUACUGGACAUCGGCGACCCUUGAUCCCCCACUCAUCAUACUACUAUGGACCACCUCCAUCAGACUCGGCCUAUGGAACGCCCCCAGUGGGACAAAUUGGUGUUCAUCAUCCUCGAGAAAUCGUACGCAUUGAAAGGGAUUAUGCUGGGGGGGAACUGACCCAGUUCUCUUCAAUAUAUCCUAUUGAAUUUGACGGCCGAAUAACACCGACUCAAUUCAUGGAGACCAUCAAUGACAUCAACGAGCUUCUUAUAUCCGCGCAUAGCGCCCGCCACUCUUUUAUAUACAAUUUUCUUGCGGUUGCUACCCUACACCUCUCGACACUUGUCUUCACGUCACACUACGAUAAGGAGAUGCGGCGGUUAAAGGAGAAGAUCGAGGGAAUAAACACCCAAAUAUAUAACCCCGUCGGCCUCAACAUUCUGUGGCCCCGGAACGUGGCUUUUCUUUUCGUGCGUAUUUUCGUCACUCCAGGGUCCUUGUGCUCAUCAUUACUUCAUAAUGAUCCGUCGCUUGACGACAACAGCUAGAAAUUGAAUACUAUUGACCUUUUCGAGCGAUAUUGAUACCAGACACAUUCCAACAACGCACUUACUUAUUGUACAUCAUUCUGCCUAUGUCACAUCGGGUACAUGGAUAAAUUUAAUAUGCUGAAAUAAGGAGCAUCGGUU